AUGCAUGGUACGGUGUGUUUCCGGUAUAGCGUGUGUUCACAGUUAUCCAGCCUUUUCCUCUUGGGUUUCAAUAGAACAGUCAUUUCUGACUCCCGGCUCCUUACCUGUUUCCCCCUAAACGGCGUAUCUAACUUUGUGGACAUGGCAUCAUCAGUUUCGGCACAGGCGAAUCCUGCUCCGGUUGCGGCGCUCCAGAGAGGAAUAGUCAAGAUGGUAGGAACAUAUGGAUAAAGAGUAUGGGACUGGGGAUGAUGCUAACAGCUUGUUAGCUUUCGAUUAACUAGCGAGUUAACGAGCUAGCUACGAUAUCCAACAAGUUCUCAUUGUUGUGGUCUUUUUCUUGUUAGAAAAGUACUAUUCAAUGUCGUGUUCAAUGACAAUGUUGGCUAGCUAACACCGUUAGCUAACAAGCACCACAAAUUGACUAAAUUCUGCAGCAGUUUAGGAUUAGCAACAUACUUUGAGGAGUUGACAUGGUUUAUGUAAAAGGUGCUAGCUAACGUUACUGAAGUAAACAUUGCCGUGCCCAAGGAAACUCUUGAGACACCACUUGAACAACAAUGACAAACAAACAAGAGGGAGUUGUUUGUCCUGCACAGGUGCUUGAAUUAGGUGUUUAGGAAAAUACCCUGACGUUAGUUCAAACACUCGCAAAAGAGGUUUCUAUCUGUAGCCAGUUGAAGUUGCAACAAGACAACUAACGUUACAGUAACUAGCUAACUAGAAAUUGUUUGCACAUUAAUUGUUGGCAGGUGUGGAAGCAUGUCAUCUUUCCAAGCAAAAUUGGUAGCUAGCUUGGUUGACCCCGGCUAUGGGGUUCAUGUAGCUAGGUAUUUAGCCAGAUAAACCAACUAGCUAACUAGGAGUGUUCAAAGUUCGUGUCCUGAUCAGCGCGCUCCUGUAUCGUGGUUAAACAACUCUGAUUUAUGAUUCUGGAAUGGAAGCUAGCUAGCAUUCUUUUGAUUCCACUCCAGACACAACAUCCAAAUGGUUACUGUAGCAAACUAACUAGUGUGCCAUCAUAGAUAGCUUCUUUCACGUUAAAGGAUGUCAUUCAACUCGAACAAUGGACACCACUAUCAAAAUAAUAUAUUUUGGUUUGAGAUGAAUUGGCUACCUAUUUCCAAAAAGUGUGGCAAAAAUAUCAAACGAACGUCUUGCGUUCAGUGUAGUUUGGUCAGCAAGUCUGCUGCUCUGAAGCGACCACGAGAAACUGACACGUAUUCCUCCCCCCAUCCCCCGUCCCCCCGUAGUGGAAGCAAGCAGCAGUUGUAGUAAUAUCUAUAGUUACAGUGGCCCAAAAGAACCCCAAAUGAUUUAGCAUGCACAGUCUCAUUCUACAUCUAAGCGCUUUCUAGAGGCCAAUACUCGUAACGACGGCAUGCAAGUAAUCACAUUCCUGAUUUCAGCAUAGUUUGGCAAUUACUCCGAUUCUACUUCCUCUCAGUGGGCCAGUCUAUACAGUUUCCAGCUUGUAUUUGAGUUGAUACAGGUUCUUUGUGUCAGUGUGUCAUUUCCUGAAAAGCAUUUUCAGUGAUCAACUUCACACCACAGUUGAUCUAAUCUAGUGUGGUAUGUAUAGGCUAGCUACAGCAGAUAUGGCUACCAGCUAUCAUACAACAUUCAGACAAUUCAGAGCUGUAGGAUUCAUCUCCCACCCACAAUGGUUACUGACUGAAAGGCUGUAUAUAUGUAUAUAUUUUUUAGUAUACAGUAAGUAUAGACUGCCUGCCACUGCCUAGAUGUCCCCCAUAGACGUAUGUUUCCUCUGGAGAGGGUAAACAAGCGAGCGGUCACCUUGGGGAUAAGGGAAGUGUGUGGAAUGAGACAGUAGGUACAGUAAGGAAUAGAUUGACAUUUUACAGAAUGGUUGGUUACCUGGAGGAAAAUGGGGAAGGGUCAUGAUUUUUCAAUUUCAGUCAAGUGGAGGGUUUAGUAUUUUUGUAUUUAGUCCAGGGGAGUAUCAUGUAAUUGAUGAAAUUUCAACAUUUCUCAGUGUUUUAGAAUUAGUUGCUUAUUAGGCUAUAUAUAUCGAUGUGUGCCAUAUGCCGCACCUCAUCUCUGAUAAGAUGAACAAAUAGGCCUAUCUCUCUGUCCAUUCUUAGCCUGUCAUUUUGGUAAUUUGUGUGAUGUUCAAAAAAGAUUCUGCUAAUAUGUAGAAUUGUGUGUAAUGUUUAUAAAAGGUAAUUUUUUUCUCAGACCUGCAAAUACGAUGAUAGUCAUGCUAUUCUUUUACUAAAAAUGAGAUAUUUCUACCUCUACUCUUGUCCACAGUGGUCUGCGAACCCACAACCUUCUGGCCUGCAGCACGGUGCGCUAUCAAAAUUCCUGCGUUGCCAUGUAAUGCUUACAGGACAAAGAACAGUUUCUAAAACUGCAUAUCUAAUGCUCUGGUCUGUCCAAAAAGUGAGGGUAAACGAUAGACACGUUCUCUGCUAUCCACUUUGUUUUAAUUAUUGUUUUGGGUAUAAGGGAUGGUCACUUGUUUUUUUCCAAGCGUUCAGGGAGAGUUUAGCUCGAAUUUAUUUUGUUGAAGGGAGGGCCAUCCAUUUUCAUUUCAGCAAGGUCAGAUUUUUCUCCAUGUAACCAUUAUUAUAAAUAACGUUCACUCCCUAAAGAGCUAUUUUUAGAGGAGCCGAUUUCUCCAUGUAACCAUUAUUUUAAAUAACGUUCACUCCCUAAAGAGCUAUUUUUAGAGGAGCCGAUUUCUCCAUGUAACCAUUAUUUUAAAUAACGUUCACUCCCUAAAGAGCUAUUUUUAGAGGAGCCGAUUUCUCCAUGUAACCAUAUUUUAAAUAACGUUCACUCCCUAAAGGGUUAGAGGAGCCGAUUUGUUGUGCAGCAUCUGGCUGGGUUGGAUGGAGGAGUACAGAGAAUAGUAGUCUGGGUGUUGAGGGAUCUUCCCUGAAGACUUGGCUCCUUGUCACAUAUGGCUUACAGACUCAGUCCCACUAGUCUUGGUGUAACCUUUGUCUCCUGUCCUUCAUUCCUUUCCUUCAAAACCACCAACCUGAACAGAACAGAGAUAUUAGCCUAUUUCCACUUAUCCAACCCUUUCAAAUGAGGAAAGGAGACGAGGAGGCAAGCCAAAGCCACUGUCUAGAUCAGAACACAGCCUUUGAGCAAACCGUAGGAGUGUAUUCAUUCAGAGGAGGCUGGUGGGAGGAGCUAUAGGAGGACGGGCUCAUUGUAAUGGCUGGAAUGGAAUCAAUGGAACGGAGUCAAACACGUUGAUUUGAUGUGUUUGGUACCAUUCCAUUGAAUCCAUUCCAGCCAUUACAAUGAGCCCAUUCUCCAAUAUGGCUCCUCCCACCAGCCUCCCCUGUAGUCAUUAUUCGGAUUCCGUUGCAAAAUGUUUAUCUACAGCUGGUCAUGAAUCACUACAGGAGCUAUCUAUGGCUGGUCAUGAAUCACUACAGGAGCUAUCUAUAGCUGGUCAUGAAUCACUACAGGAGCUACCUAUGGCUGGUCAUGAAUCACUACAGGAGCUACCUAUGGCUGGUCAUGAAUCACUACAGGAGCUACCUAUGGCUGGUCAUGAAUCACUACAGGAGCUACCUAUGGCUGGUCAUGAAUCACUACAGGAGCUAUCUAUGGCUCGUCAUGAAUCACUACAGGAGCUAUCUAUGGCUGGUCAUGAAUCACUACAGGAGCUAUCUAUGGCUGGUCAUGAAUCACUACAGGAGCUACCUAUGGCUGGUCAUGAAUCACUACAGGAGCUAUCUAUGGCUGGUCAUGAAUCACUACAGGAGCUAUCUAUGGCUGGUCAUGAAUCACUACAGGAGCUACCUAUGGCUGAUCAUGAAUCACUACAGGAGCUAUCUAUGGCUGGUCAUGAAUCACUAUAGGAGCUAUCUAUGGCUGGUCAUGAAUCACUACAGGAGCUACCUAUGGCUGGUCAUGAAUCACUACAGGAGCUAUCUAUGGCUGGUCAUGAAUCACUACAGGAGCUAUCUAUGGCUGGUCAUGAAUCACUACAGGAGCUAUCUAUGGCUGGUCAUGAAUCACUACAGGAGCUAUCUAUGGCUGGUCAUGAAUCACUACAGGAGCUAUCUAUGGCUGGUCAUGAAUCACUACAGGAGCUACCUAUGGCUGGUCAUGAAUCACUACAGGAGCUUAGGCCCCUUUCCCUUCCUCCUGUUCUGUUUAGUGGUGUUCUGAGGAGUGAGUCACUUCAGUGGGGAAAAUCUUUCUAGAUCCCAAUACUUCAUCGUAUGGGGUGUAUUUAUUCUGCCGAUUCUGUUUCCUAAACGGAAGCAAGCGAAACGGGAGGGACCUACCUGAAUUCGUCCAAUAGAAACUCUUGUUUUGCUCUGUUUGCAUCCGUUUGGUUCUUAAACGGUUUCCGUAAUGAAUACACCCCUGAUGACGCUGGUCUGACAGUACUUCUCGCUACAGGAAAAGGCACUUUGUUUUUGAUUGGGUCAAACCCUGUCUGAACUGAACACUCAACACCAACCUACCACUAGGCCUAUUCACUGUCACAGCUGUUAGGUCUAUACUAGGCCUGGCUCUACUACUGCUACUAUUACUACAACCACGAUCACUACUACUACUACCACUAUUACUGCUACUACUACUAGUAGUACUGUUACAACAAGACUAUAUACAGUCACUCUCUUUCACCACAACCGUUUUUUCCUCUACCUCCAAUACCAUGGAAUAGGGUUGAGUUCUGAGAGAAUUGGUGAAAAUAAUAAUAAGCACUACCAAAAGCUCUACUUCCAUAUCAGCCCAUUACCAGUCUCCGAUUAGCCUGUAGACAUUCUACCUACCCCUGCAGCAAUGCAAAUAACCCUGUUCUUUCCCCUAAUAGCCCAAUGCUAAUAUUUACUGUGAUGUUCCUCUCUUCCAGGUCUUGUCAGGAUGUGCAAUAAUCGUGCGGGGCCAGCCACGGGGAGGCCCGCCCCCGGAGCGUCAGAUCAACCUGAGUAACAUCCGUACCGGGGCGCUGGCUCGCCGCGCCCCCCAGAGCCAGCCCGACCAAAAGGACACCCCCGACGAGGUGCGUUGAAGCACUUCAACCAAUUACUGACUCAAUCAAUGGGCUGGUCCAUUCAUGAAGACGAGUGGGGGGGGGGGGGGUAGACGUUGUAUUGAGGUUCAUAAGGAACUAAAUUGAUUUUGGGUGGCUGCAUGGAGACGAUGCAUUCACUUUUUGGAGCAACAAUUAUGGGGGAGUGUUUUCUCAGGGGUUGUACUAAGAAAAAGUGUUGGCUGUUCUUCGAUCAGAUUCCACCUGCAGUGCCAGUUAUUAUGUAAUCGCUGAUAUAUGAUUGGCUGAUCCCUCCUGGUGACCCUGUUGGAGUCAUGUCCAACCGGGUCAUCAGGAGGGAUCAGCCAAUUGUGAAAAAGAAUAUUGACUACUUUAAAAUGGAGAUUGCGCUGUCCAUGCAGUCACAGACGCUAUAAUGGCACAGAUACAAAGAUGAGUCCUAUCUCUAUGGUCAGGGUAUAGAGAUGAAUUGUGGGUGAUUGUGAUUAUUUGGUGCCCCUAGUGGUAUAAUAUCGCCGUGAUCAACAGGUGAACCUGUCUUCUUUCCCUUGCAGCCCUAUGCCUUCCAGGCCAGAGAGUUCCUGCGCAAGAUACUGGUUGGGAAGGAGGUAUGCUUCACAGUGGAGGUCAAGACCGCUCUGGGCAGAGAAUACGGCAUGGUGUACCUGGGCAGAGGUGAGAAGACCACCAGACACUAA